AUGAUCGCUGAGCUGCUGGCCAUGCUGGCUGGCCACCCCUCAAGCCUCUUCGCCUCCUCCUCGACAGCAGCUGGCUCAUCUUCAGGAGCCUUCAAAGUUAGAGACGACCUCGACUUCCUCCAUUCGUCCGAGAUCGAGAUCCUCGACCAUCUCGCCACCUUCUAUACCCGCUAUACUCGCAUUAAAACCUUUUCUGAAAGUCAAAUCGAAGCUGCUCGACAGCGUGCAAUCCGCUCCGCUCUCCGUGCCAACUCUCUUGCCAGCAGUCAUACGACCAACAGCAAGGAUGCACAAAAGGAGCUCGAACAGCAGCCGACACUUCACCUCGUUCCUCUGUGCUCCACACUGCUUUCGAUCCUAGCAGAAUACCAUGCACUUGUGCUGCAAACAGAGAGGCUGGUGCUGGAUAAGGAUGUCGAGCUAGUUGCAGGGACGGGCUUUGUCAGUCUAGCCAACCUAAGGGCACGUUUCGAGAUGUGGGAUGCACCGCUUACCGCUCUUGAUGAUCUGGUGACACUGCUACAACGAGGGCCGAACAAGAGAAGGGAUGUAGCUUUCGCUAAGGAUCUCAGCACGGAUGCCGCAAUACAAGAAGGAAAGGCAGAAACCGUGACUUCGUUCCCGGUAGACUGGACAGGAGGGUUGCUGAUUGAUUUGCUUAGUUUGAAAGCGUCAACGGGCGUUGAGCGUGUAGCGAAGCACAUGUCCCGUCUACGCAACGCUGUUGAGGAUAGCUGGAUGCAACAUCUCACAGCUUGGGUAUGCAGAGGAGAGAUUCAUCGACCAGGCGGCAUUGCAGAUCCUCAUGCGUCCAAGCGUACAUUGAUCUGUCGUGAUCAGCUUGUGCGCUGGAUCGAUAGCGCCGACUCCAAUUCACAUACAGAUAAUCCUGCGAUAGCUCAAGGAGAUGGGCUUGCGGACUGGGUCGCUUCCUCAUCAGGCAACACUUGGGCUUUCCGACCUGACGCCCUGCCAGCUUCGGUUUCAGAAUCAACAGCUGAUUCGAUCCUCUACGUCGGUCGGGCGCUCUAUACUAUCCGCUAUGCCAACGUCUCUUCCGCACAUCUCGAUAACGCCCGAACACGUCAUUCAAGUCUCUCUGGACCACCAUCAGCCACUAUGCAGAGCCACGAAUCAGCACUGGCCAGUGCCGCUGUGCGACCUAGCCGUCCUUCCGAUCUUGACCGUGCAAUCCAGUUCUUGCGCAACGAUGUAUCAGAAUGGAUCUUCCGCAACAUCCUCACCACAUCAGUCGUACACACCUCACUUCAAUGCCUCGGUGACUACUUUUUGCACCGCAACGGACCCUACAUUCUCUCGUUGCUGGAGGAAGUGGAGACAAUGCGAAAAAACAAGCUUUAUUGCGCGAGGUCAGCAGCAGCGAGUAUGAUACGUGCUAGCGAUCUCGAGCUUUCCCUUCGGCGAGCCACGGUCGGUACUUGGGCGGAAGAUGAUCCGUCAUUGCAGAGAUUGCGGUUCGCAUUGCCGAAAGGUGGAUACAGACCAAGCUUGGUAGGUGCAAGGAAUGCCAAGGUGCGAGGUGGUGCGGCUGCAUCUGCGAACCCUGACACCACCACAUCAAUCGGCACGCAAAGCUCCACAGGGGCAGCAAGAUUCGACGACUACCUAAUCGGAGUUCCAACUCAGUUGCACUAUACUGCUGUGUUUCCGCUCGAUCUUUUCCUCUCCGCGUCGGACCUGACCGCGUACUCACGCAUUUUUUCGUACCUGAUCGCGAUCAAGAAGGUUCAGUCGCGGGUGCUGAAUUGCUGGAUUGCACUGAGUAAAAAUCAGCGUGGGAGGAGGAAGUUCACUGGUACAGGAGAGGGAGGGGUGGAUGCGAAGGAGGAAAAGCAGAGGGCGAGGCUGUUGAGAUGCAGUUGGGGUGUGGUGAGGAGUAUGAAGUGGUUCUUGGAUACGCUGUUGGGACACUUCCAAACGGAUAUUAUUGAUGCGCAAUUUGGCGGCUUGACUGAGCAGCUGAGGGCUAGUCUGGAACCAGCACAAGGAGGCAAUGCGGUGUUGGGAAGGGUGGGAACGAGGAUGAGGAAGGACUCGUCGCAGCAGCAACACCGGUCCUCUUCUCCGAUGGAGUCGGCUACGCCGAGCGAAGCAUACGGUGAAGAAGGACGGCAAAGAAGGGUGAGCGGAAGUACAAUCGCUGGUACUUCACGUGCUCCAACUGUCGUUGGUGGUGCCGGUGGACGAGCACCACACCGACGCCUUGCAUUCCCCGUCUCAGGUCCAACUCCCGCACCACCAGCUAGCGUCACCGGCGGAGGUCACCGUGCAGGCCGUCGCUUCGUCUCAUCCUCCACUCGUCCUCCGUCAUCCAUCGUUGAUGGGGUAGAAACCGUCCGCCCCGACGGCAAUAUCGCCGAUGAAGUGGAGAAAGAUACAGUGCUCGACUUUGCAUCUCUCCGCGCCUCGCACACUGCCUUCCUCGCUUUCGUUCAAGAUGGCCUUCUUCUCUCUUCUCCCGUCGCAUCAAGUCUAGUCCGAUCAGUGCUAGACAUCUGCGAUCGCUUCGUUGGUGUUGUUGAACGAUGGGGCGGGGAUGUCCUCCCACCACUGCUUGGUGAAACCUCGACGCCGGAUUCGGCUGCAGAGACGAACAAGCUCGUUCAAGAUCGACAGCAUAUAGUCGAUCAAACUACCACAGAACUGGACGGAGAACUGAUGCGAUUCUUCAAGCUCCUCUCAUCCUCUUCUUCCCCAGCAUCGGCAGCAGCCACAGGAGCCGGAGACGAAAGCACAACAGGCAUCGGAUCAAUGUCGAUCUCUGUUGCUCAGCUCCACUUGUCUGGCGGCGCAAAAGAGACAGGGAGGAUGGAUGUAAGUGGAAGUCUGGGCUCAGCAAGAAGACAUUUGGAGCAACUGCUGUUGAGGUUGGACUACAGCGGAUUCUUCGCUGAGCGGGUGCAGAGGGAGAGAGCUGAAGCCAGAGCGAGGUUGGAUGAAACGCUCGCCGCAUAA